AAGCUGCCGUUAAACCCCAAAGAAGAGGAAGAAGUCGCUGAUCGAUCCCUCCAUGCUUCUUCCUCCUUCGGUUCCUUCUCAUGCCUGUUGGAGGCGGGUUGACGGGUUAAACACGGGGAGUCUCACAGAAAAGCUGUGAGAUUUGCAGUCUACAAGCCCAAACCAAGAGAUGAACAGUGAAAACUUCAGCCUGAGUGAGAAGAUAGUGUCAACCUCUUACAUUCGACAGGGGAGGGAGGCACGUCGUAGCCAUGAGCAGCUCAUCAGACACUUACUGGAGCAGGGUAAGUGUCCAGAGGAAGGAUGGAGUGAGAGCACCAUAGAGCUCUUCCUGAAUGAGCUGGCUGUGAUGGACAGCAAUAACUUCCUCGGCAACUGUGGUGUAGGAGAGAGAGAAGGCCGGGUGGCAUCCAGCCUUGUGGCAAGACGACAUUACAGGUUGAUCCAUGGCAUAGGUCGCUCAGGUGACAUCGCUGCUAUUCAGCCCAAAGCUGCAGGAUCCAGUCUGCUUAACAAGCUGACCAAUUCAGUUGUGUUGGACAUCCUAAAACUAUCAGGUGUCCGGAGUGUGGCGAGCUGCUUUGUAGUUCCCAUGGCCACAGGAAUGAGCUUGACACUGUGCUUCCUGACCCUUCGUCAUCGAAGACCCAAGGCUCGCUACAUCAUUUGGCCUCGCAUCGACCAGAAGUCCUGUUUUAAAGCCAUGAUCACAGCAGGCUUUGAGCCAGUGGUGGUGGAGAAUGUUCUGGAGGGCGAUGAGUUGCGGACAGACUUGGAAGCAGUUGAGUGCAAGAUCAAGGAGCUUGGAGCUGAGAACAUUCUGUGUGUUCAUUCAACAACGUCCUGCUUUGCCCCGCGGGUCCCAGACCGGCUUGAGGAGCUGGCUGCUUUGUGUGCCAAACAUAACAUUCCUCACAUAGUGAACAAUGCAUACGGAGUACAGUCGUCCAAAUGCAUGCACCUUAUACAACAGGGAGCUCGUAUUGGAAGAAUUGAUGCCUUUGUGCAGAGCUUGGACAAGAACUUUAUGGUUCCAGUAGGUGGCGCCAUUAUCGCAGGUUUUGAUGAGUCCUUCAUACAGGAGAUAAGCAAGAUGUACCCAGGUCGAGCGUCGGCCUCACCUUCCCUUGACGUCCUCAUUACCCUUCUCACUCUGGGAGCCAGCGGCUACAAGAAGCUCCUGUCAGACAGGAAGGAAAUGUAUUUGUUCCUGGCUCAGGAGCUGAAGAGUCUAGCCUCUGCACACAGGGAGAGAUUGCUUCACACCCCACAUAACCCCAUUUCACUGGCCAUGUCUCUGGAUGGUCUCCAGGCCGACAGCGACAAGGCGGUGACUCAGCUGGGCUCCAUGUUGUUCACCCGGCAAGUGUCAGGAGCCAGGGUAAUACCGCUGGGUAAGGAGCAGACCAUAAGCGGACACACGUUCCGUGGCUUUAUGUCGCACUCUGAGGCAUACCCCUGUCCUUACCUUAAUGCCGCCUCAGCUGUGGGUAUCACAAGGGAAGAUGUGACACUGUGCAUCAAAAGGCUUGACAAGUGCCUGAAGACCCUUAAGAAGGAGGGAAAUGCAGCGAAAAAUAUUUCCGCAGUACUUCCAUUGUGCCAGGAGGAAACUACUGAAGAAUGACUGCCUGAGCUGAAAUAAGAAAACUUUGACAAGCAAAGGAGACAAAGAGAUCUCUACUUAGUUUGAGCUCUAGGCUCUGCUGCUGCCUGCACUUCCUGAUUAGAAGUGAUUUAAUUUCUGUGAAUGUGUGCUAAUUAGUAGAUAUCGUAAGGACACAAGCUAAAUAAAAAUGCUUACCGUACAUACAAAUGCUUCUCGGGAGCAUAUGGUUGUUCACCACUGAUCGGAAGUUAGACCAAAGCCUCUGCAAAUAUUUACAUUGUUGUCUGUACAUUGAUUGUUGAAAAUGCUUGACUUUAUUAUAGAUUUUGGAUUCAAAAUAGAUUAUGGAUCAGCCAUUUACAAUGGCCUGUACUUCCUGUGUGCCAUUUCUCUUAAUUAAACACCUAUCUGAAGCCACCACAGUGCAGUUGUGGGACGAAA